AUGCCAAAGUUGGGUCAGCCGGAGCGGAAGGCAGGUCGCGGACCUGUCAAACUAGCAUGUCUGGCUUGUCGCGUAUCGAGGAUUCGCUGCGAUGGGGACCAGCCGUGCCACGGGUGUCGAAUUCGAAACCGGGAAUGCUCAUACACGCCUAGUCGCCGAGGAGGCUCACGCAAGAAGAGAAAUGUGGCUGCGAAACCUACUUCCAAUGAACAACCUGAUCUCGCUUUCCCUUCUCCUCCUCUGAGCGAGAUUGAUCACCUCACCUCACCUGGCGCGGGACUAAGGCUGCUCUCAUUUGAUGAGUUGGAUCUGCAGAAUGGUGCUGGCAGUCUCGGAACCAGUGAAUCUGGAGCUGAGGACUUUGUGCAACACGCUGUCAGAAUAUAUGACAGUGAGCAGGCUAUAUUGAAUGCCUACUACAUUUACCUGCAUCAGUACUUUCCAAUCCUCCCGCCUCCCGUUCGGCCUGUUACCCCUGAUAAUCCGAUACGGAUCACGAGUCUUGAGGGAUGCUUUCCUCUGAGUUUGACUUCGCCGCUGGCCCUGGCUAUAUCAGCCAUGUUGGCUCUGAUCCCCUUUCCGGACCAGGAACCUACGCCCGUCAUGUCAACCGAGGAACCUCUCAGAAGAUCAAUAGCUCAUAAACUGGCCCAAUUGGCUUUGGAAUGUGUCGAGUCCGACUCUGAACUCAUUGACGACACUCCUGGUGGCCACCCAAGUCCAAUUCCUUUUAAAGGCCAACCAAUCCCUCGCUUUCCGUUACAUCCUAGAACUCCAGUGAUGCUUGAAGGACUGCUUGCACUACUGCUGCUAAGUAACUAUGAGCAUACUCAAAGAGGAAAUAUGCUUAAAAUGACUACAAGAGCUAGUCAGGCCUUAAUCAUGGCAAGAAAUAUGUCUCUCCAUCAAUUAGACGGUUUUGAGGACGAAUAUUCUGAAGCCAAAAGGAGAGCCUGGUGGAUGAGUUAUUUUCGAGCCCAACUGUGCUCCGUUGUUCGACAGAGCGCAUCCGUUAUCAUGGAGGAUGAUAGUCUCUACACCACUCCAUAUCCCACCAUACAAGGUGAUCCCGAGGUCUGGCCGUUGUAUAUCGCGUCUCUUCAGGUGUCUUUCGCGACUGUUCGGCUUGCAGCAGCCGGAGUGCCGCCAUGCGCAAAGCCCGACCCAGACUUACUUCGUUCAAAGUCUGAGAAAAUAGCAGCACUGGAUGCCCGAGCCGUACAAUUGAUUGAACGUGCCAAGACUGGCCCGGGAUCCAAAGGGUACCCUACCAACGACGACCCAGCGAGCGAGCCGCUUGUUUCCAAAACGAUGCGCAGUAUUGCAGCCAUUAGGAGUUCCAGUGCUAGAAUUCGACUGCAUAGAUAUCACGCAUUUUCCGAUAUUCCUUUAUUUAGCAUGAACCAUUGCGACUUGAGUUCUCCAGACUUUGUUCCCGACACGGACAAUGUCAUUCCACAGACCAACCCGCCCGAGUCAUCGCCUUUCACAUUUGAUGAGGCUGCGGAGGUGUGCGUAGAAUCGGCGUUGGAAGUAUCUCGGCAACUGAAGAAGCUACCGUACCCUGACAAGACCCUUACUACUGUCCCAGCUCGAAUGACCCCGACAAUCUUGUGCUGUGCAAUGCAUGCCAGCUACGUAAUGAUGAUGCAGUUCUAUCGACUGUAUUUGAGGCAUCAACAAGAGUCUGGCGACAUGAUGACGACGAGCUUCGAGCGCCGAGUGGAUGAACUCCGCCACGCUCUGCAGGACGUUAUAGCAACUUUGGACGGAUUUGCAAAUGUGCUGGAAGCUAUUCGCGGAAUGAAGAUUGAUGUGGAAGCCGUUUUCACGGUUGCAUUCUCCGACAUGAUGACCUGA